AUGCCUCAGCUCAGGGACUCACCCCUCAUGUUGCAUCUUUCCUUGCCUAUACCAUUUGCCCUUACACUUUUUCGAUGUAACAGACGCAUAGGUCUUGCUUCUGUCUUUGGUCUAUUUCCCAUGGCUUCCAAACCUCCUGUACUUCUGUUCCUCACCAGUCCCAGUUUUUCAUCUGGUUGUUUGAUCAAGGUAGUGUAUGCUACAGGAAAUGAACAGUUAGCAGAAUUUAUAUCUGCUAUUGCUAGCUCGUCUCAACAAACGUCAAAAAUUUGGAGUGAUCCAGAUCUUGGGAAUGGAAGUUGGCUUCAUGGAGAACAUAGUAAGCAUGAAAAUUUUCUGUUGAGAUUCCCAUGUCUCAAUUCAAUCUGUGCACAACUGAUGCUGUCUACAGUUUCUCUUAAAGAGCUUCUUACUUUGUCUUGGAGUCACCUGAAAAAUACUUUUCCAUGGAUAAGUGUCAGAAUUCUGAAGAUAUUUUACCAGUUUGUAAAUCAACCAUCAGCAGUUCAUCAGGUAGGCCUGCUGAAUCAUGCUUCUUCACAUGGUGAAGAACACGCUGUAAAUGAAGCUAGUUACAGUAAUGUCCUGAACUUGAGCUUUCCUGUAUUGUCUGAAUCUGAACCAUUUGAUUUAUUGAACUUAAAUAAAGCCAAUAGAAUGCAACAGAACUGUGCUGCUACUUUGACACCAUACCGUACUGAUAGCAGUGUUAGGGAAAAUGAAACACAGAAGUCACUUGAGCAGUUACAACAAAGAAGUUUUAAAAACAAUUUUCAGGAAAACGAAGAUGUUGUGAAUCUGUCUACAUGGAAUGAAAUAAAAUCAUCUAAUGGGAAUGAGCUUUGUUGUCCUGAUAAUCCAGUAUUAGAGAACACUAGUAGAAGUACAUGGCUAGGUCAGGGGUCACAUAAUGAUACUCAGUAUGCUGAUAGAAAAUCUAAUGUCCCUCUAUCUUUAUCUCAAACAUAUAAUACCUUUGGAGUAUCGUCAGCUUGUGUUCAUCGUUCUUGUCGACAACGAUAUAAGAAGGACAACCUCACUGGGGGAUACUCAACAUGUACUGAGAGUAUCCUUACAGAUCAUGAUAAGUCAAUAUUGGUCCCUCAGUUAAUGCUGGAUCAUGAUUUUCAAGAUAUAAAACCUUCACAUGCCUUAACAGAAACUGACAAUCUCAACUAUGUAUGUAGAUGGCCUGAUAAUAUGUAUACAAAGAAAUUCAAUGUUGAUAAUAAUUUAAGCAAAUGCCACCAAAGAAAACAAGAUUUUUCAUGCUUAUACGGGUCUGAACUUCUCAGUCAGAAGGAUGCUUCACAGAAAGAACUGCAGUUUUGGGGGCAAAAUAAUGUUCAGCAAGCUCAAGAACAAUUUUCGUCACUUUAUAGGAUACAACAGCAAGAUCAAGAAACAAAACUCUCAGAUUAUCUGGUAUCAGGAAGAAGUAAUUUACCAGUAAGUUUUAAAUCAUCUUGUUGGAAAGACAACAAGUCAUCUCAAAUAGACAAUGACAGUGAACACUUAGCUGAACAACCAGCUAUUCAUAGAAAACCAGUCAGUAAUGUGGGUAUUGCUUAUCCUUUUCAUCAACUGUCUACAUGUUUUGAUGAAUCUCCCCCAAUGGAUCUGGACUGCUCAGGAAAUAAUAGUUCACCUGAUUACCAAGGAGGACUUAAACAGUGUAGACCAGAAAGAAACAAUCAUGUCAUCCUUACCUCACACAAAAAACCACGGCUGGCAUACGAGAAGGUUCAAGGAACGAAGGGUCAAACCCGCCUUGUCUUUCAUUAACUUAUUACAGUAAAUAACAUUUGUGUUUGAAUGAAUACAUGAACUGAACAAAAAUACUUUUAAGUAAUGGUUUCUUCUAUUUAAUAAAUGUUGGGAAUUUUUUAACAACUUUGUUUUCCCAUCACUACUUAAACACUGAAAGAAACCACUUCGAAAUUCUUAACUUAUUAAACACACGAUAAAUGAUUAUUUUUUAAAGAUACAUAAAAAUGAAAUAUCUAGUUGAUCUAAUAAAACUGUAGCAUUAUACUAAAAUUAUCUCAUCAUUUUGUGAUACUAGUUCAUUAUAAUCUUUGAGUAAGUAUUGCCGUUACUAUUUAUUAAAUGUUUUAAUUUCUACAGAAAAACUACCUGGUCAUAUGGUUUCACAAAUAUUAUGUAAACAGUCAGAUUGCCCUUUUAAACUUCUCUUUAGUAUAUUUUGAGUAGAUGUUUCACAUAGGAACCACCACCAUAUCAAUUGUUAUGGAAGUGUAAGUCGUAUAGUUUGUAUCCCAGUUGUGAAAAAGUUUUAUAAUGGUAAUAAAGGGUUAAUAGU